CCGCCCCCCCCGCCAAGAGGGGCUGAGCCUCUGGGAGGCCGCUUCUUUUUUCCCUCUCUGCAGCUCGGCACUACACUCCCUAGUUGUGGCUUAAUGGCACUUGCCAAUUCCUUCCUUUUUUCUUCUAGGACAAACCCACUAGGGGAAAAGAGUCUCCUAAAUCCAUCUUGCUUGGGCGCGGAGAAAGGAGGAGGCGUGUCUUGGGGCCGCCUUUUCUUCCGCUGGCGGUGCGGGGCGCUCUUGGAGAGCGCGAAAAAUGAGCAGGAGGAGCCUGCCUUCGACCCUGGGCAUCCUUCCUCUUCUUGCCCAAGAGGAGUUUUGUGUUGUUUACUAGAGGCCAAACGAACCCACAUUCAACGAUAAAACUGAAGAAACUACUUAAAUUCUGAAGAUAGAGAGACUCAGUAUCAUGGCCGGCAGCCCUAAUGAAGAUCCAGAAGGAAGCAGAAUCACUUAUAUGAAAGGAGACCUUUUUGCAUGCCCCAAAACAGACUCCUUAUGCCACUGUAUCAGUGAGGAUUGUCGAAUGGGUGCUGGGAUAGCUGUCCUCUUCAAGAAGAAAUUUGGAGGGGUGCAGGAACUGUUGAAUCAACAAAAGAAAUCUGGAGAAGUGGCUGUUCUGAAGAGAGAUGGGCGAUAUAUAUAUUACUUGAUUACAAAGAAAAGGGCUUCACACAAGCCAACUUAUGAAAACCUACAGAAGAGUUUGGAGGCCAUGAAGUCCCAUUGUCUGAAGAAUGGAGUCACUGACCUCUCAAUGCCCAGGAUCGGAUGUGGUCUUGAUCGUCUGCAAUGGGAAAAUGUAUCCGCAAUGAUUGAAGAGGUAUUUGAGGCAACAGACAUCAGAAUUACCGUGUAUACACUUUGAACACAUGAGCAUUUUGGAUGUACCCACUUUCUCCUGUGUCAUUCCUUCUGGGCCAUGAGACUGGCCUUAAACCUGCCAAAGGAAAGUAUCUUGUGACGUAGUAUGUCAGGCCAGACUUGGGGUGCUGUAUGCCUGAUUGGACUGGAAUCUGGAGGAGACGGAUUGCUUGGUAUAUGUUGGGUUUUGUUUUUUUUUCCCUUCUAUUGUGUUUUCUUCUUUCUUUUUGCAGGGGAGGGGCACGAUGGUAAUGAGUAGGUAACCUGGUAAUUAGGCAGGAAAACCAAAUGUUGGGCCUAUGACCCCUAUUUUACUCCUGGAGGUGAGCUCAUUUGUUUGGCGUGCCACUAGGUGGCAGCGUUGAUUUUAUUUCUCAGCUAUUUAAGAGAAAUUUCAGGAAGGAUGAACAUUUUAAUUUGCAUCUUUUGUUGUUUGCAUUUACUUGAAAUUAUCCUUAUGUCAUUAAAUUCAUCCUAAGAGAGAAUUAAUAGGCUGUUUUUCUUUUUAAAUUACAAAAUAGAGCUUUAUGUUGUUAACAAAUUUGUGGUGACCAACUUGGAAAAAUAAAUAUCUUUUUCUGGUGGUCCAAUGAGGUUUUGUACUCACGUAUGUAGUUCUGGACUUGGGUAAUGGUGGGUUCUCCUGUAACUAGGAGUUUUAUUUCAGAGAGGGCCCAGUGGGAAGAGCAAAUAAAAUGAGAAAAUAAGGAUGGACUAGAACUGUCAAAGUACUGAAGAGGCAGGGUUUUAGAGCCUCCUUGUAGGGAACUCAGCCUCUCUUCUGUCCACCGCAUAGUUUCUGUAACUGAACCAAUGGGAAUUCAUUUAUGAAACGAGUAAAGUAAUACAUGUUCUAUGCCUAGCAGAGUGUUUAGUGCAGAGUAAUGAUUUAAUAAAUCAUUGUUAAAGUGGUUCUCAACAAAAUCAUAGGAAAUUUAAAACCACAUUAAAAAAAUAGAGCCCCCCUGCACUCCCCACCCCUUUUACCUAUUCUAAUUUGGUAGUGAGGUUGGAGAGCAUUGCCAGGUUUCUUUGUAUUUUUAAGCUCCAUAGAGGAAUUAUGCUUAUGUUCUCAACUGGGAUUGAGAACAGUAAACUCUGAAGAGUAGCAUUUUGUCCAAUCUUGUUUUCAUGGUGGGAGAAGAAGGUUCAUGCAUUUAGCCAGUGAUUCAGUAUCAGAGGUAGUGGGAAAACUAGGAGUUUUAUUUUCCCCUUUUAAUGUGUUGUUAUGAGUGAAGCAUACCGACUUGAUUUUUUUUUCCCUUAGAGUGAAUUUGGGGGUCUGUCACAGGGUUUGCUAUUUCCCAAGUGUUAAAGAAUUGGAUUUAAGAAGGGGCUUGUUGAGACACCAGGAAAAUAUAAUCUUUGUUAAAUAUAAUCUUUGUACUUUAGACUUCUGUUCUUAUCACACUUCAACCUGAUACAAAACAGCAGUUUCAAAAAGUAUUUCAUUUCUCUCCAUGUUGGGGUAGAAGAGGCAGUGCAGGGACAAAUUCAUUAUCAUACUUUUAGAGUAAGACUUUUCUUGAUGUUUUGUUUCUAUCCACAUUAAAUUAAAGGGGAAAAAAAAAAGAAAAAAUACCUAAAUAUACACAAACACAUAUUUACAUAUGUAACAUAAAUAUAUACAAAGAUGUAUAAAAUGAAAGGGGUGAUAGGAAAUUUGGAAUUCAAUUUGACAAAUUAUUUUUGCCUUACUGUGCAAAUCUUUUACCAUAUGGGUCAAAAUAUUGGUUUUCUCGGCUUCCUCUGCAAUUACAGGUAUUAGGGGUUUGUUUGUUUUUUUUUUUUUUUUUCAUAGAGUAAGACAUUUGAUGAUCCUUAUAAUAAAAACUAUAGUGGAGAACUAGCUAUGAGUAGCAUUCUGGGCCUCAGCAAGGGUGUGAUAAAGUGCUUUGUUGUUUGCCAAUAGUCUUGGGGUCAAAUUCCAAUGACUUAUCACACUUGAAGCCUGGGGAAAGGCAGUCUGAUAAUCAGAAUGAACACAUUAUUUCUGGAAACCUAGUUGGAGUUUGGCAACACUCAGAAAUUGACAUGUGAAAUUUUGCUUCUACAUAGGACUCAGACCAAUCUUUUAAAAAAUGCAGCUUUGAAUAUCAUCGUGUCAGGAUCAAGAGCCACACACAGACUACUCUCAACACUGCAUGUCUCUCAACAUUGCCUCUUCCUCCCCACUCCUCUUUAAUCAGAAAGUCCAUUGCAAUUGGGACAUGGGUACCUCAUAAAUAAACUUCCCACACCUUUUGUUUUACCCCCUGCCAUUUUCCUUGUCUUCAGAGAAGGGAAAAGACACAAGUUAAUCACGGCAGAAAUGUUUUAUGGAAGUUAAGAAUGGAUUGGGAAGUCUGUAUGGGAGAGUAAGUAUGCUGUGUUGCCUCGACAAGUCCUGGUUCAAGCCUCCCUUCUGUUUUCUAAUGUUAUGGGGAGGUUCUUAGCCCGAGACAUACCUGUUCUCAAAACUUGGUUACUGUCCAUAGUAACUUCUAAAUGUCCAAGUUCCUUAAAACACGUGGUCACAGACAACCUCCACACUGCCUUUUUUUAUUCAUGUUGCCAGUUUUAUUUCUUAAAAAAUAAACCACCUUCACAUAAAAUGCAUUUCUGAACAUAUUUCAAAGAUCUGUGCGCCCCUUGGCUCAGAGGCUUUUUGUCUGAAGCAGCCCAUUUGGGGGAAUAAUUAGGACCUUUAUUCCCAGAUAUGCCUGGUGCCCAUAUAUGGUUGCCCUUUCCCUCAGCUUACUUUCCUGUUUCCCAAGAGCAGCCUUAAAGAGAGAAGCACAGCUUAAAUGAUUUACGGCAGGAAAAGUAUAUUUUGAGUCCUCAGGGGGUCCUGUGCAGUAGGAUUGGUUGGGGUUGAAUUUUAUUCGGCUCCAAGUGGUAUUAGGAAGUCAGACAUGUCCCAGUUGGCCGUACACAUCACUGAUGUCUCUUGGUGGCAGCAGGCAGACCCUUCAGGAAAACAAAAUAUGUUACUAAGAGCCUCGCUGGUCCCAAAGAAUGGAGAGUUUCCAUUUUGAGCUAGAGUUUUCAUGUGCCUUCCCCAACAAGUCCCUGAAUUUCUGCCCAGAGUCUCCUGUGAUUUCUGGCUUAUCCAGGAUUAGGUUUCAUUCAUGUUUUGGCUUGUGCACACAGAGAAAGCCCCAGAAGAGAUCUGCUUUAACUCUAUUCUUUUGAGUUAUAUCCUAUUCUGUCAUUUUUUUAAAAAGAUGGAAUAAGAAAUAUGAGGCAAGUUUUCUUUUAACGAAUGCCCAUUUCUUGGGAGUAUUUUAAUUAAGCAGAGUUGUUCUUUGGCUUUUAGAUUACAACUCUAUUUCAUGCCAAUUUUUUUUUUUUAAACAGUACAUUUUAACCUUUCCCUUCAGGAACAUGAGCAACUGAAAUAGAGGACAGGGAGGCAUGUUAAUGGGUGCGGAUAAUACAGUUAUGUGCACUAAUGGUAAGACGCUUGUAAUGUGGAACAUGUCCAAUAAUAUUUUAUUUCAAAAUAAUUUGACUUAGAAAUGAACUUUUCCCUCC